AUGCGAGAUUCCAAAAUYGUAUCGAAUGCAAUGACCAUAGGAGAGCCCUCUAAAAUUAAUAGGGGAUAUAACCCCACUUAAUAUGCACAUUACAUCGAAGUUCUGGGAAUUACCCAAAGGAUCUUGGGAWAUGUAAUGCAAUAAUUCUCGGUAGGCCACUUCCAAGAAGUCCAUGAAGCGUGCAUUCUAGAAUACAGCCUUGCGGACUAGUAUGUGGGAUAGAACUGUCUUUGUAACAGGGAUYCACGAAGAAAUCAACGAGGAAGACUUACAAAUUUACUUUCAAAGUAAGAAAAAGUCGAAUGGCGGUGAUAUAGAGAGCAUUGAAUACCGACGUGACACUGGAGAAGCGAAGAUUACCUUUACUGACGAUGAAGUUGCCAGAAUUGUUGCUACAAGGAAGCACAACUUGAAAGGGUGCAAAUUGACAGUUGAAAUGUCAAGCCAUAGAAAAACAGACAGCGACUGGACCUUGAGUGUUUUAGUUCGAGGUAUUUCUGAAAAAACUACGAAAGAUGCAUUACAAAAUUAUUUUGAGAACACAAGACGAUCAAGCGGCGGAGAUGUGAAAGACAUCACGUUGGAUGGAAAUCAAGCUACUGUUACUUUUGAAUCCCCUGAAAUUGCUACAAGAGUACUCGAAUGGGGUAAACACAACUUAGAUGGCCAGUCAUUAACAGUAACAAGAAUAAAGCCUAACACACCCAAGAAKAUCACGAMUAAAUCWUCACAAGAGMCAGAAACAGAGGAAAGAUCACGUGUUGUUUGCGUUAAGKSUAUUUCASCYAAAACAACCAAAGAUGCUUUGCUGAAUUUCUUUGAGAAUAAACGUCGAUCAGGAGGGGGAGAGAUAGAGGACAUUCAGUACAAUCAAGAUGAAGGAAUUGCUGACAUUACCUUUUGUGAUGCUGAAGAUGCUGAGCGUGUAGCUGAAAAAACGACACUCCAGCUUGAUAACGUUCAACUAAACUUAACACUCAAAGAAAUCCCUAAAGUCCUACCAAAGGACCCACGAAARGUGCAUGUAAUGGGAUUAUCAGAUAAAACYACAAAGGAUGGAUUUAUGUCAUUCAUGGAGAUAGCCAGCGGGGAAGAGGUGGAGAGCAUGCUUUUUGGAGAAGAGUCGAAUGUGAUGGUCACAUUUGAACAGCCACCAGACUUUGAAAAAAUCGUGAAGAAGUGUAAAAGCAGACCNCUAGAUGGCAGCUACUUGAAAGUGGAACAAGUGAGUAUAUGCGACUGCAUUGAAGUGUCUGGACUGGGAUCAAAAACAACAAGCGAUACCAUUCUGUACUACUUUGAAAACACGAAAAAAUCUGGAGGUGGAGAAGUCAAAAAAGUGGAGUACAAUGAUGGAGAAGUCAGGGCACUAGUUUUCUUUGAAGACUCUCAAGAUGUGGAAAACGUUGUCACUCGUGAACACGUGAUAAAUAGAGAAACACUGAAAGUUGCUCCUUACUAUCCAUUUCUUGGCGAAACUUCAAAAGAACCUGGAGGCGGGAAAAAAGAAAAAAAGAUACCGGUAGAUCCUCUCACCAUACCUUUCAUCAAAAAGUUCUUCCAGCAGGAAUUCCAUGACCUCUUAAAAGAAMAUGAAGUACGCCACAUAUAYGAGGAAGGACAAGAGGAACUUAUUUUGAUUUCUACUAACAACAAGAUCGAUAAGGCCAGAUGGGAUGGAUCCUGUAAAGCCAUUGAGGAGUACAUCAAUCAGAUAAUAAYRCAMCAAGURCAAAUAUCUUCAGUAGCCUGGACUGACCUUGUCCAGCAGGCAAAAGAGAAGUUUSAUUCAUUCAAAGAUGUAAUGGAAAUUACUUGCAAAAAAGAKAAACAGCGCAUUAUCCUUCRUGGGAGGAAACAAGAUGUCGAUGGAUUGGCAGAAAUGCUUGAUGAUUUGAGUAAAGAAAUUGAGAAGAAGAUCGAGUACGAGAACGCUAAAGUUACCAAUACAAUUUCCAUGUCAAAGGCCCAGUUUGAUCUUUUGAAUAUUACCGGKACUGCUGAAAAUCUUAUGGGGCAAUAUAAAGAUCUUAAAGUGGUCAUGGUGAAAGAAGACCGAUCAAUUCUAUUCGAAGGACACGAUCAGUUGGUAAAAGAAGGGAACAUACAAAUUUAUAAAAUCCAAAGCAAAAUGAAAGAUGAUGAAAUAGAGCUCUCUAAAUCUAUAGCCAGUAUUCUUACUUCUGAUGCGGGUAUGAUGUACCUUGCGCAAAAGUUCAAAAACAGACAAAUCGACGCUGUCAUAGGUCCUGCGGACGGCCAGGAUGACACAAAGAUCAUGAUUACCGCUUUAGAUCGCCCAGAUGUUAAAAAGGCUGUGGCUCUUAUCAAGGAGAUCAUGACGGAGGACACUGUUCCAUUAAAGGAAAAUCAACAACCAUUGGUGUUGUCGGAAAAAUGGAAACAGUUGGAAAGUAACUUCAGGAGGUCUAUGCUCCUUAGAGUGACACAAGAUCCAAGAUCAAACAUCGUAUCAAUUGCUGGAGUAAAAGAGCAAGUGGACGAAGCCAAGGAAAGCGUCCUUGCGUUUUUCGAAGARAACGCUAUUAUUGAGAAAACUGUUGAAGCAGAUSCCGGGCGUGUAAAAUAUAUUUUYCGGUUUGAAAAAGCAAAACUCAAAACGAUCGARGACACAUACAACCAUCAGUCAGUUCAAAUCAUAAUGGGAGAAGAUGUUGAUCAGCUAACARUUCGUGGAACAAAAGAAGGCACUCAGAAAGCCUUUAAUGAAGUACAGAAGCUUGUCAACCAGAUCAAAGAAAAAACCGUUGAACUUGAAAAGCCAGGAACCAAGAAAUUGUUCAGUGACAAGAAAGGUAUGAGACUGCUCUCUAAURUCGAAAAUGAUCAUUCAUGUGUCAUUGAGAGAUGCUUCACUGGAGAUAAAAAGCUCACCAGUGCUUCAGGUGAUACUGGUUCAUCUCGAGCACAACAGAUUUGCAGUUAUGUAACCCCAGAAGGAAAGACCAUAGCACUCCUUAAAGGUGAUCUCACAGAUUACAAGGUCGAUGUCAUGGUCAACGCAGCCAAUUCAAGGUUACAGCAUGUUGGUGGCUUGGCAAAAGCAAUUGUACAGAAAGGUGGGCGUGGAAUCCAGGCUGAAUGUGAUGAUUACAUAUUGCGACACGAUCGUCUUUUAGACGGUGAAGUUGUUGCUACAGGUCCAGGAAAGCUACCUUGUAAAAAGCUUGUGCAUGCAGUGGGACCCAGCUGGAACAAAUUGUCUAAAAAGUACAGAGACGAAGAAACUAAAGAAGAACGCAUCCUUGCACAAACGGUUUAUAACGCUUUAGAAAAAGCAAAAGAUUUUACAAGCAUUGCAAUCCCUGCCAUUAGUGCGGGUGUAUUUGGUUUCCCUGCUGAUGUCUGUGCCAAGACAAUAGUGGAGAGUAUCCUGGCAUACUCUGAGGAGAACGAUAGGUGCAACCUAUCUAAGAUUUAUAUUAUUGAUAUAAAUGAAGAUGUGUUGAAAGCAUUCACAAAGGAAAUGAAAUCAAGAUUCGGCAAGAUGCCAUCCUUUACUGACAGUACAGCACCAGCCAAAUCUGAGCCGUUGAAAGUCUCAUCAGGCGAUACUGUUGUAGGAAGACGUAGAAGCGCUGCUAAGGUUGAGCAAGCAUCCAACAAGGCCAGUCCUGCAACGGCAGUAAGUGGAAACGUAGCAGAUAUUAACGGCAUCAGAACAGAAGUCAUUAUCGAUGAUCUGGCAAAAGAGGAGGCCCAUGUUAUCGUCAAUACUGUGUCCAGUGACCUUGAUCUUAGCAAAAAUCCAUGCGCUAAGGCCCUUAGUAAUGCCGCUGGACCAGGUUUACAGCAAGAAUGUAGYGGAAAAGGAAAGCUAACACCAGGACAAAUUGCCGUUACAGAAGGYUACAGCUUAGGCUGCAAGAAUGUUUUCCAUGUUGUUGCAGGGGCAGCUUGGCAAAAUGGGCAGGGCGAGAAGGUUUUGCGAUCAUUGAUCGCCUCAUGUCUGAAAAAAGCAGACAAYUUAGGAUUUUCCAGCAUUGCCUUUCCAGCCAUCGGAACCGGAAAUCUUGGUUUUCCWAGGGAUGUGGUUGCCAGGAUCUUUUUUGAAGAAGUUGAUUCCUUUAAAAAAAAAUAUCCACAAACAUCUAUUCUGGAUGUACACAUCGUGUUAUUCCAUAAAGAUCAACCUACGAUUGAUGCCUUUCAAAAUGAGCUUAAGAAUUUGAGAARUCCUGACGAAGAUGGAUAUUCUCCUGAUUUUAGCAAGGCUAAGAAGGGAAAACGUCGRGGUCAUAUAUCCACAGAGCUGGAAUUAGAAAGCGAAUUAAGUAGCGCAAGUUACUGGUCUAGGAGCGACGAUCCCAAAAACACCCAGAUUGGUUCAGUGAAUGUAGAACUUGUCACUGGGGACAUUACAAACGAAACAACAGAUGCCAUAGUUACAGUUUCCAACMCAUCACUARAUUURUCUCUUGGCGGUGGGGUAGGGGCCGCUAUUGCAAAGGCUGGAGGAGCCACUAUACAAAAAGAGUGCAAUAAACUUGGCAGGCAGUUACCAGGAUCAGUCGUAUGUACUUCGGCUGGAAGACUUCGUCCCCGAAAGCUCUUCCACCUUAUUCCAGCAUCAUACAGACCUGGUGAUAUCACAUUUGUUGUAUCAGAAUGUUUUAAAACGGCAGAAUCCCAAGGGGUCGAUUCCAUUUCAGUUCCUGCUGUGGGUACUGGAAAUGUCAACAUACCAACCAAAGAGGCAGCAAAAGCUCUCUUGAAAGCAAUUGGGAAGUUUUGUAAAACRAAUCCGUCUUCUAUAAAGCUCAUUCGUAUCGUGGUGUUCCAAGAACAUAUGAUUAACGAAUUCCAUAGAGCCAUCGAAGACUUGAUCAAAACAGAAUCUGGUUCGACUUUUGGUGGAAUUUGGUCGUAUAUAAAAGGACUGUUUUUUGGAACUGAAGAGAAAAGGACCACUAGAUCUCGAGGCAUCUUCGAUGUCUAUGGACGAAUUUCCGAAGAGACAAAUAUGACAUCUAGUCCACAUCAAAAGAUGGGGCUUAAGAUAUUGGCGCUAAAUGACACAAGUCUGAAAAAAGCUGAURCUGCUAUCAAUGAGUUGAUAAAAGAGCAAUCCAAGAGGAAAGUAAUCGACAAUCGUCAAACUGAAAUUGAGGGACUGACGCAGACUCAAAAAGAUCGUAUUCUACGACUUCAAGAGAAAUAUGAUACAGAUAUUGAAAUUGAGAAGCGCUCAGCUCGAAUAAUCAUAWGUGGACUUACUGAGGAUGUUCACGAGACAGUAUACGAUAUCAACCACAUACUAAGUGAGAAGGUUGAAGAAGAGCAUCGACGUAGAUUUGCAGAACUUGUGGCCAAGAAUGUACAUUGGUAUUACAUUGAAGACAAUGWUGAGGUGGCCUACGAUGAUGAAACCAAUGCUGACAUAGAAAAAGCAUACUCUGCUAAGGAUGAUUCACUGAAAAUUACCUUUGUGGAUGACAACAAAAAAAUUCAAGAUUGCAAAAUCGACUUCAAGUCCAUGAAGGAAAUCAACCUUAAUACUAAGACUGCAAUUAGUAUUGUGAGAAAAGAGCUUGGAAAAGGCAUCCCGUUACCAUCUCAUUGGGAAACUCAACCUAAAGAUGCUAAUGGUAAAGAGAAAGACCUUCAUCUUGUUACACUGGACCGUGGCAAACAUAUAGACGAAUAUAAAAAAAUUGAAACAGCGAUAACCAAGUCAACGCCUAUCAACAUUAUCAAAAUUGAGCGUGUACAAAAUCCUGAGCUUUUCCGUGCCUACAYRGUGAAGAAGCAAAAGAAAGAUGAAGGGAAUGGUAGUAAUGAAAUGAAGCUGUUCCAUGGUACAGCCACCAACAUCUGCAGUUUAAUCAACCAAAAAGGGUUUAACAGAAGCUAUAGUGGCAAAAAUGCCGUUGUCUACGGGAAAGGCACAUACUUUGCGAGAGAUGCAUCUUAUUCGAUGAGAUCUACCUAUUCCCCAGUUGACUCUAUGGGUAAUCGUUGUAUGUACCUAGCCAAUGUUUUGGUCGGAGAAUACGCAACACAAGUUCCACUACUGCAUGUAUAA